CCACGCCUAAGCAGCGAAUCUGAUUGGCUGAGCGGUUUGGCUUCAAACAGACGGCGCAAGGUCAAAUUCCACGAUGGCAUCGGAAAUUGAGUUCCUCCGAGACCAAGUGAACCGGCUGAGUUCGACACUCGGACGAUACCAGGAUUCUCCCUCCGGCAACUUGUUUACGCAGGCUGAAGAUGUGGGAUCUGAGUCUACAGCACCGUGGCUCACAGACAGAGGCAUUAUGGCUCCUCUGAUUGCGGAGUACGACCGACACAUGCAGCAGAUGGAGGCUCAGCUCAAACUCUACCAGAGGCAGAUGGCGGAUGUCAAGGCCAGUCUGGAGCAGGUGGUCCGAGAGAACGAACGCCUCCAUGCGGAGCAGAGGGUCUCUGUAGAAAGGCAGCUGCAGGCUCUCUCUGUGGGAGUGGAGGAGGAUGCUGCCACGGAUGCGGUUGCCGUUAGCAACCUGGAAGAGCAGGUCAAGUGUGCUGUUGAGGAGAAAGAGCGAGCUCUGCAGAUGUGGCAGGCGGCUGCGCAGGAGCUGGACCGACUGCAGAAACUCUACCAGAGCACCAUGAGAGACGGACAGAUCCACACAGCCGAACGGCAGCAAGCUCAGAAUCAGCUGGCGCAGGUCCAACAGCAAGCCCAGAAACUGCAGGCAGCCAAUCAGAGCUUAGAAUCAACCAAUCAGCAGUUCCUGAAGACGAUCGCAGAGCAGAGCAGUGAACUGGAGGAGCUCCGCACUCAGCUCAGGCAAGCGAAGCAGGAUCUGAGAACCGCCACCGCUAAAGUGGACGAGAUGACCAGACUCAUGCAGAACGUUCAGGACCAGAUGCAGAGGAAGGAGGAGGAUGCAGCAGAGGCUCAUGGGAGAGAGGAAGCAUCAGAUCGAAGACUGCAGCAGUUACAGACAGCACUCAGCCAGUUAGAGGGCAGGCUGAAGGGGGCGACAGCGGAGGCGGAGACGGUGCGAAGGGAGCAGGCAUUAUGGGAAAGGAAGCUGGGGGAGCUGCAGAGCCGCUGUGCGACUUUGGAGGAGGAAAAAUUUGAAACUUUCCAACGACUCCGAAACUCACUGCAGCUCGCAGAGGAGGCGUCACUACAGAGAGACCAGGCCCAGCUGAGGGAGAAGCAGAGGGUGGAGGAGCUGGAGAGAAUGAAGGAAGGCAUGAAGCAGCUGGUGGAGGAAGCAGCUGCCCGUACCAGGAGAGAGGUGGAGACAGUCCGUAAACAGUGUAAUACUCAGAUUCAUCGCCUGACUGAAGAACUGUCUGCUCUACAACUGGAAUGUGCGGAUAAAGAGACUCAGAUAGAGAGAGCACACAGAGAGAGGAAAGCUGUUGAAGAGGAACUGGAGAAGGUGUACAGAGAAGGUCGCUGUGGAGAGCCGGAGCUCAGGAAGCUGGAGGCUCUGCAUCAGAGAUGCUUAAACGCAGAGAGACUGAAGGAGGAGAUGGAGCUCACACUGAACAGCACGCAGUCUAACAUGAAGAAACUGGAGAUGGAUUUCAGUGAGGAGCUGUCGCGGUGUCAGGAGGAGGUGCGCAGGCUGCAGGUGGCGCUGGCGAGCGCGCGGGAGGAGAGCAGCAGCAUCAGCGAGGACCGGCUCAGCCUGCAGCAGGAGAACCAGCAACUACAGCGAGACAUGGAGACACUCCGCAAAGAGUGCGCGUUGGCUCAGAGGCAGGCCAAACAGCAGGUGUCCCGUAUGCAGCAGGAGCUCAGCGUGAAGGAGCAGGGUUUGGAGACCAGGCUGAGGGAGAUGGAGGAGAGCAGUAAGACCUCCACGGCAGGACUGAGCCGCCUGCUGCUCGCCCAGCAGAAAACCACCAACCGCUACAGAGAGGAAACCAAACAACUCACAAACACCUUCCACAGCUCACUCAGCUCACUCAGAUCAGAGCUGAACAGGCAGAAGCAGCGCUGCCAGGAACUGGAGAUUCAGCUGGAAACUCACCAUGAGAAAGUCCUGGAGUAUGAGCGGCAGGUCGCGGAGCAGCAGGAGAAAAAUGCUCGCCUGCAGAGACGUCUGACUCAGGCUGAACAGAGAGCUUCCAGUGCAUCUCAUCAGCUGAGUGUGAUGUCCCACAGAAGGAAAGCUGCUUCCAUGAUGGACCUGGAGACACUGUCGUAAAUGGGUCAUCGACCAUUUCACCAAUUACUAUGUAGUUACUGUUUACGAUUUUUAAGAUUUUGUCAAAGCAGAUGUUUUUAAAACUGCAAUAUGAAAUUUACUGAUGGGAGAAAAGUGUUUCUUUAACGGUGAUGCGUGAGGAACAGGUGAAGGCUCUUUUGUACAGCUCUCACUAUGGCAACUGAAAAAAU